AGGACGCCGCGUUGGGAGUGGUUUGAGUCCUGCAACUCUUUCCAUUGGUAUGAUGUCAAGAAACCUCAUGGAUGGAAGCAUCUUGCGCUCUUGGAAGCUCGGGAAACAAUCCGAGAACAAAAAGAGGAGAUUGAAAAUUUGAGGGAGAAG